UUCCUGGAACUACUUUCCUUUCAAUUUCACUUCUGCAGCCAAUGGCAUGUGGUUUUUGUCGGGUCAGCUUCUAUAAAAGAAGCACAUCGAAGCAGAAAGUAGAAAGAGAUUAAAGGAGGAGGGAAGAUAGCUGAGAACAGCCCUUGAUCUGUGGUGUGGCAACGGUGGCAGAUGCAAAGUGGCAGCCAGACACGCCAGGGUCCCUGCCUGCCUGCCUGCCUACGUCACCAGGCGCUGCCAAGGCUACGAUUACAGAACAAGAGCUCCUCUGCCAAGGAGCUGACAGACAGCUGAGAUCUGGAUGGAGUGUUUUAUCGUCCUGUGAGUCACUCCAGGUCACUUCAGAAUCCUUUUAGAUUAGUGAGCAACUAUGGCCAGUGGACUGAACAUGCCGGCCCCCAUUUGUUUGGUGGAGAAUCGCAAUGCGCAGCUGUCAGUGAAUCAGCGGGCCAUCCAGAUCCUGGACAAGAUCUCCCAACCGGUCGUGGUGGUGGCCAUUGCUGGACUGUACCGGACGGGAAAAUCCUACCUGAUGAACCGUCUGGCUGGACAGAACCGUGGCUUCCCCCUGGGCUCCACGGUGCAGUCUGAAACCAAGGGCAUCUGGAUGUGGUGUGUGCCCCACUCCACCAAGCCAAACCACACGCUGGUCCUUCUGGACACCGAGGGCCUGGGCGAUGUGGAAAAGGGUGACCCCAAGAAUGACUCGUGGAUCUUCGCCCUGGCUGUGCUUCUGAGCAGUACCUUUGUCUACAACAGUCUGGGCACCAUCAACCACCAGGCCCUGGAGCAGCUGCACUAUGUGACGGAGCUCACAGAGCUCAUCAGGACAAAGACCUCCUCAAGUCCUGCUGGAGUCAAGGAUUCCGCAGAGUUCGUGAGCUUCUUUCCCGACUUUGUCUGGACUAUCCGGGACUUCAUGCUGGAGCUGAAGCUGCAGGGCCGGCCCAUCACGGAGGACGAGUACCUGGAAAAUGCAUUGAAGCUGGUUCCAGGUAACAAUCCCAAAAUCCAAGCAUCCAAUUUGCCCAGGGAGUGCAUCAGAUAUUUCUUUCCAAAACGAAAGUGUUUUGUCUUUGACCGACCAACAUCUGACAGAAGUGUCUUACUCAACAUUGAGAAUGCCUCAAAUGACCAACUGGACCCUAAGUUCCAGGAACAAACAAGUAUUUUCCUUUCUUAUAUCUUUACCUGUGCAAAGACCAAGACCCUCAGAGAAAGGAUUGUGGUCACUGGAAGUCGUCUAGGGACUCUAGUGACAACCUACGUGGAUGCCAUCAACAGUGGGACGGUGCCUUGCUUGGAGAACGCGGUGACCACCCUGGCCCAGCGGGAGAACUCGGUGGCGGUGCAGAAGGCAGCCGAUCACUACAGCGAGCAGAUGGCCCAGCGCCUGGAGCUCCCCACGGACACGCUGCAGGAGCUGCUGGACGUGCACACGGCCUGCGAGAAGGAGGCCAUUGCCAUCUUCAUGGAGCGCUCCUUCAAGGAUGAAAACCGGGAAUUCCAGAAGACACUCAUGGAAUUAAUCGAGAGGAGGAAGGCAGAUGUCAUGGUGAGGAAUGAAGAGGCAUCCAAUAAGUACUGCCAGCAAGAACUGACUCGACUUGCCAAGUCCCUCACGGAGGGCAUCUCCACAGGGAGAUUCUCCAUGCCCGGGGGACACAAACUCUACCUGGCAACAAGGGAGAAGCUUGAGCAGGACUACUGGCAAGUGCCCAGGAAAGGAGUAAAGGCAAAGGAAGCGUUACAGAGGUUCCUGCAGUCCCAGGCGGCGGUGGAGAGCUCCAUCCUGCAGGCAGACACGGCCCUCACCGAUGGCGAGAAAGCUCUAGCAGCGGAGCGGGCCCAGAAGGAGGCGGCUGAGCAGGAACAGGAGCUGUUAAGGCAGAAGCAGAAGGAGCAGCAGCAGCUGAUGGAGGACAGGGAGCGGAGUCACCGGGAGAACAUAGAGCAGCUGAAAGCGAAGCUGAUCCGGGAGAGAGAGGAGCUCUUGAGAGACCAGGCGAAGAUGAUGGACCAUAAAAUGGCGGAGCAAAGGGCUUUGCUUGAGGAAGGAUUUAAGAAGAAGUCUGACAAAAUAAAGGAAGAGAUAAACCAUCUGAAAAACAAUAUAGAGGCUAUGCAAAAAGACAGUGGUAACUUCUUUGACAAGGCCUUGAGAACCCUUGCUACGGCUGUUUGUGCUCCUGUGGUACUGGCUGUGGAGGCUGUAAAGGGCAUCGCCUCACUGUUCUGAAGGAUCUGCUCUACUUUUAAGAAGAAAUGUAGAUCAUGGAUCUAUUGCUUUGGCCUGAUUUCCAGAUGUACAUCUUUAAUUUUCAUUCAGCAAAGUUAUAAGCUUAGAAAGCUCUGACUGGAGGCUUUCAGGACCUGGCCCACAUCAGAUAGGACAAAUGCCUGUAUGUUUUCACAGACAAUGUUCACUUUUGCAACACGAUUCAUGUGGAAGAGAGACUGUGUAUUAUUAUUUGUCAUGGUAAAAAAUGGAAGCUACUCAAAUGUCAUUGUAAGAUUGGUGAUAUAAAUUUUACUAUGUGCUAAUGCUGGAGUAUUAUGUGAUGAGGAAAUAAAAUGUCCUGGAGCUUUCAAUA